GUCUAGGUUGUCUGUUUACGAGUAGGAGCAACAGAAUAAGCAAGACACCGAGACGCAUUUACAUUUUAAUGAUAUAGUUACGUUUCGGCAACACCGAGAUUUGAUAAAAUAAAUGAGGUGCUACAACUGGGUUAUUUACAAAAAAAUAGAUAGUGAGAGUGUAGAGUUUGUAUAUUUUCGUAUAUUCGUGACGCAACCCAAGAACAACAUUAUAAAUUAGAGAGUAACAGCAUUUACUGCUGACAACAAUAUUUAAGCAAAACCAAUAACUAUGAAGACUUUUGGUUUAACAGGUACAGAUGGAACUAUUUUCAGAAGCUGUUAAUACUUUAUAAAUUAUGUUUAAAAAGGAAUUUUAGACAUUUAAUAUGGGGACGUGUACGUCAAGACUUCAGGAUCAGCUUUCUAUGUACGAAAGGCUGGUCUCAAGCGACAACUCUUGUCACGAUAGAAUAGAAAUACCAAAAUGUGCCCAAGGUAGGGUGCGUACAGAUGAAAAAUUUCUACUGGCUCUUAAGGUGGCGCUACUCGUUUUGCUGCCCUUUGUAAUAUACACCCUGUGCUAUUCUGAUGCAGACAGAUCUCUCUCCGAUCAAUGCGGCAAUAUUUGCGGAAAGAAAAACAUUAAAUAUGACCAAUGGGAGUGUACUGGAAAAGAUUACACGAAUAAGAAGCUUUUACAGCUCGAUGACGUUAACGGUUUAAGGGACAUAUCUUCAACUCCCCGACAUUGUGUCUCUCAAUGUGACCCAUACUACGACGAAAUAGUAGGAGCACUUUGUGUCAACAGAUACGCAGAAAAGGCUGAUGUUAAAAUAGUGCUCGAAUUUUUUGAAUCGUGGAUAUUUUUGCAAUCCGUGUCAUGGAGACUUACCUUUGCAUGUUUCUUGUCUGUAGGUGUUACACUCUCUGUACUGUAUCUCUUCCGUGUAGCGGCGGAUAAUAUGGUAUGGAAUAUCUUAGGAGGAGUCGUCUCUCUCCUGUUUAUUUUCGUGAUUUUUUUGUGGAUCAGUUGCUUCAAAGAAGAUUACGUUGCUGUACCUCUGUUUUUCACGAUCAUGCUGGGGGUUUUACUCGCCGUUAUGAAAUUUUUGUACAAGAAAAUUACCUUGAUGGUCGUUAUAUUCAAGGAAGCCAUGAAGGCUAUCUCUGCUAUGCCCCAUCUUCUGAGGGUAAUCAUCGUGGCAUUUAUUGUAGAUCUGUUGGUAGCUUCUUUAUUCCUGACUGUGUUGGUGUACAUGUACACAGCAGGUACACUCACCGAGAUAGAGCACGGUUUUUUGGUGUACAAAUCCAAUGUUGUGAUGUCGUUCUCCAUUUAUUUUACCAUUUUGAUGGCUUUUUGGAUUAACCAGUUCUCAGCGGGAAUCCAGUGUAUGGCGAUUGCUGGUGCUGUUUCCAAAUGGUAUUUCGCAAAAGAUAAGAACAAUUUGAAUCCUUCUAUUAUAACCAGUGCCUACAUAGCCGUCAAAUUCCAUUUGGGUUCCGCUGCAUUUGGAUCCUUAGUAAUCAGUAUUGUAGCAAUCAUCCAAUCCAUAUUGUCCUCAGUUUUCAAAAAUAGUAUCUUAAAGAAUUGUUUAAAUUUGUGCUUGGAGGUGAUCGAAGACAUCUUACAGUAUUUGACCACAAACGCGUAUAUUAUGACAGCAAUGCACGGUAAACCGUUCUUCGAAUCCGGCAAAAUGGGGACAAAAAUGUUACGUCAGAACGUAGCGAACGUCUUUGUCCUCCACUACAUUGGAAGUUUCAUUAUAGUUAUGGCCUGUGUCCUAGUGAUGCUUAUAUCGUUAUUGUUAACCUAUUUCGUUAUGAUGGGCGUUAACUCUCCCCACGGAUGGUCUGUUUACGCCGUGGUAGGCAUUGUUUCCUUUAUUGUGUCAGCCGUCUGCUUCUCAAUAUUUCAGAUUGUAAUCGAUACCAUUUACUUGUGCUUCUGCGAGGACAAGUUACUCAAUGAUGGUAUAGAUCGACCCUAUGCCAUGUCCAGGGAUUUGAUGGAGUUCAUAGAGAACCACAAGAAAAGAGGACUUUUCGGGGAGAGAAUUACUGACACGUACAUGGAGAUAUGAAUGCUUUGAUAUGUUGUCAAUUCUAUUAUAAAUCUUAAUAUUGAAUGUAAUAGUCUCAGGGAUGUCCGUACCUGUUUUUGUUUAUUAUUUUUGUACUUAUAACAACGCUUUAAG